GGCUGAUCCUUCAGUAACAGCAGGUCCCAGCUCACCCUGCUCCCCUGUCAUGGAAUUGUGAGCAGCCAACUCCAUGUGACCAGUAGAGUGAGCAACAUGAUCCUCCCUGUCUACUCUGUUCUGCUGAAGUCACAUCUGAAGUACUGAGUCCAGUUCUCAUAGGACAAGUAGCAGUGGCCAAGGAAUGGAAUAUAGGAAGUUCCACACAAAUAUACAGAGGAAGACUUUCCUUGCAGUGAGAACUUCUUUACAGUGUUCCAGUGAGCACCGGAACAAGCUGCCCAGAGAGGUGGUGGAGUCUCAUCCUUUGGAGACACUCAAGAGCCGUCUGGACACCUACCUGUAUGACCUACUGCAGGAACCUGCUUUAGCUGGGGGGUUGGACUCCAUGAUCCCUAGAGGUCCCUUCCAAGCCCUGCAAUUCUGUGCCACUGUGAUCCAUGAGUGCUUGAGGGAUCCUCAGAGAAGGAGCAUUAAGCAAUAGGGAACCCCAGCGGGGAGGACAGUGUCUGCAUCCAGGAGAUGUGGCCUAUGGGAAAUAGUGACAUUGCCUUGUUCUCCUACCUGACACUGUCAUUGUCCCCCACAUUGCUUCUUUUCAGGUCUUUGUCCUGUGUAACAUCCAAGUGCGGAUGUCCUGAAGAAGGGUGAAUAUUAUAGAGGUCUGCCAGGCCAGGCCAGCAGUGAUCUGUGCCAGCUGAGUCUGUGCUGAAUCCCAUCCUUCCUGGCACUCAGGACGUGCUCAUUUCCUGCCCCUGCUCUUUCCAGGAGGUGGCCUGCUGUUGUGGCUUAUCCACAGCCACAGGAUAGAAGUGAAGCACUCCACGGAUGCCCUCUCUCUCAGACCUGCAGCAAGCAGAAUGAAUGCAGGGAGAUAAAUGGAAUGGACUGUCAGAAAAGUCAGGCAUGGUUGUUGUUAAAUGGUUGCCUUGUUGCUCUCCUUUUCUUUUUCAGCUUUAAGCCAUGGGCCAAUGAAAGCUCCAAAGAUGGAAAGCGGAGUGGAUUCACAUAAGAGUGUCCAAGAAAGGUUCUCAAAGCAGAGUAAGGGGAAUGCAGAUCCAGUAAUUCUGGAAAGAGGUAACUGGAGCUGUGAGAAGACCUGUGCCCACCAUGCUGAACCUUCAUCCCAGGCUUUCAGCAAUGUACCUGCGCACCCCACUCAGCACAAAAGCAGAGGGGAUACAUGUAACAGAAAUGAGGAAAGAUUCUCCAAGACAAGCAGUGGAGGAGGCAUUCCAGAAAGUCGGGAAAGAGAUCCAGAAUCCCAGCAUCAAUUUUCCAUUGUUCAAGAACGAAGGAAGAAUUUUGAGUCUCCAGCUUUAAGCCAUGGGCCAAUGAAAGCUCCAAAGAUGGAAAGCGGAGUGGAUUCACAUAAGAGUGUCCAAGAAAGGUUCUCAAAGCAGAGUAAGGGGAAUGCAGAUCCAGUAAUUCUGGAAAGAGGUAACUGGAGCUGUGAGAAGACCUGUGCCCACCAUGUUGAACCUUCAUCCCAGGGAAGGACAGUGGAAACAAACACCUCAUGGGGCCAAGAAUCCAUGCGGGAGGAGAUGGAGAAGAUUCUGAGCGAGAAACUGGCUGUGCUGCAGAGACAACUGGAAAUGACCCAGCAAGCAAUCCCACCCAUGAAGGAAAUGACCAACACCUGGGCCUCCCUUCAAAAACUCCCUGAGAACAUGCAAGCCCUGCAGAAAGGUUUGGAGAACCUGCAGGUGUCCACAAAGGAAGACCUUCAGACGCUCAGAGCAGACCUGGAGGAAAGAGUACCAAAAGCAUGGAAUACACCCGAAAUGCCUGAGUCUAAAGAGAAUCUGGUGGAGGUGGAGAACCAGGCAGGAAGGACAGUGGAAACAAACACCUCAUGGGGCCAAGAAUCCAUGCGGGAGGAGAUGGAGAAGAUUCUGAGCGAGAAACUGGCUGUGCUGCAGAGACAACUGGAAAUGACCCAGCAAGCAAUCCCACCCAUGAAGGAAAUGACCAACACCUGGGCCUCCCUUCAAAAACUCCCUGAGAACAUGCAAGCCCUGCAGAAAGGUUUGGAGAACCUGCAGGUGUCCACAAAGGAAGACCUUCAGACGCUCAGAGCAGACCUGGAGGAAAGAGUACCAAAAGCAUGGAAUACACCCGAAAUGCCUGAGUCUAAAGAGAAUCUGGUGGAGGUGGAGAACCAGGCAGGAAGGACAGUGGAAACAAACACCUCAUGGGGCCAAGAAUCCAUGCGGGAGGAGAUGGAGAAGAUUCUGAGCGAGAAACUGGCUGUGCUGCAGAGACAACUGGAAAUGACCCAGCAAGCAAUCCCACCCAUGAAGGAAAUGACCAACACCUGGGCCUCCCUUCAAAAACUCCCUGAGAACAUGCAAGCCCUGCAGAAAGGUUUGGAGAACCUGCAGGUGUCCACAAAGGAAGACCUUCAGACGCUCAGAGCAGACCUGGAGGAAAGAGUACCAAAAGCAUGGAAUACACCCGAAAUGCCUGAGUCUAAAGAGAAUCUGGUGGAGGUGGAGAACCAGGCAGGAAGGACAGUGGAAACAAACACCUCAUGGGGCCAAGAAUCCAUGCGGGAGGAGAUGGAGAAGAUUCUGAGCGAGAAACUGGCUGUGCUGCAGAGACAACUGGAAAUGGCCCAGCAAGCAAUCCCACCCAUGAAGGAAAUGACCAACACCUGGGCCUCCCUUCAAAAACUCCCUGAGAACAUGCAAGCCCUGCAGAAAGGUUUGGAGAACCUGCAGGUGUCCACAAAGGAAGACCUUCAGAUGCUCAGAGCAGACCUGGAGGAAAGAGUACCAAAAGCAGGGAAUACACCCGAAAUGCCUGAGUCUAAAGAGAAUCUGGUGGAGGUGGAGAACCAGGCAGGAAGGAAGGUGGAGAUGACCUCCGUGGCCAUGGAAUCCAUGCGGGAGGAAAUGGAGAAGAUUCUGAGUGAGAAACUGGCUCUGUUGCAGAGACAACUGGAGAUGACCCAGCAAGCAAUCCCACCCAUGAAGGAAAUGACCAACACCUGGGCCUCCCUUCAAAAACUCCCUGAGAACAUGCAAGCCCUGCAGAAAGGUUUGGAGAACCUGCAGGUGUCCACAAAGGAAGACCUUCAGAUGCUCAGAGCAGACCUGGAGGAAAGAGUACCAAAAGCAUGGAAUACACCCGAAAUGCCUGAGUCUAAAGAGAAUCUGGUGGAGGUGGAGAACCAGGCAGGAAGGACAGUGGAAACAAACACCUCAUGGGGCCAAGAAUCCAUGCGGGAGGAGAUGGAGAAGAUUCUGAGCGAGAAACUGGCUGUGCUGCAGAGACAACUGGAAAUGACCCAGCAAGCAAUCCCACCCAUGAAGGAAAUGACCAACACCUGGGCCUCCCUUCAAAAACUCCCUGAGAACAUGCAAGCCCUGCAGAAAGGUUUGGAGAACCUGCAGGUGUCCACAAAGGAAGACCUUCAGAUGCUCAGAGCAGACCUGGAGGAAAGGGUACCAAAAGCAUGGAAUGUACCCGAAAUGUCUGAGUCUAAAGAGAGUCUGGUGGAGGUGGAGAACCAGGCAGGUUUUUUCAAAAUACAGCGCUACAAAGUUGAUGUCACUCUGAAUGCUGACACAGCUCACCCCAGACUGGAAGUGUCUGAAGAUGGGAAGAGCGUAACAGACACCGGUGUGAUCAGACAGGUGCCCAGCAAGGAGGAGAGAUUUGAUUCCCACACUUUUGUGUUGGCAAAGGAAGGUUACACAUCUGGGAGACAAUACUUUGAAGUGGAUGUUGGAAAGAGAAGAAACUGGAUCUUGGGUGUUGCCUCUGAAUCUGUGGCUCGUAAAGGGAUUGUGACUCUAUCCCCAAAGAAUGGCUUCUGGGUCAUAGGGUUAGCAGAUGGAGAAGAGUAUUGGGCCCACACAGAUCCUUGGACUCGUUUGACUGUGAGUGGUAAACCAGAGAAGAUUGGGAUCUUUCUGAACAUCUCUGCCAACAAGCUCUCAUUUUACAAUGCCAAAAAGAAAACAGCUUUGUACACUUUUACCAGUAUUGGUGGUAGCAGACUGGAAAGGAAAUUUGUUCCCUUCUUCUCAACAGGUUCCGGUGUUUCUGUGUAUGACUCUGAGCCACUGAAAAUAGUGCAAGAGUUUGAUGAUGAUGAUUGAAUGUGUGUUUAAAUACAGAUUGUGAGAUCAGACCGAUAAGUUGUCAAAAAACCCCCGACUUUGUGCUUCCCAGUGAAAAGUGGCUAGGUAGUUGAUACCAGAAUUUUUCAGCACUGCUUGCUAUCCCUGCUCUGAGACAGCAGAAAGAAGCCCUAGAGAUCAUGCUGAUAAAUGGACUAUGACAUUUGGUGUCCACUGAGAACCUUCAGGUAUAUUAUUUGUGGGGAACUGACAUGUCUUUUCAGAGCAGGAGGUGCAAGAUGUGCCUUUCAACUUGAUUGUCCCUGGCUGUUUUUUUCCCACCUCAGUCACACACAACCAAAUUCAGUAUCCAGGAGAUGUCCAAUGAUCACAUCAGAUGUUGGAGAUACGGUCAAGGACGCUGCAGUGAAACUCUGCUGCACAACAAGUUGGCUGCACAACAAGCUGAAGACAGUAGAAAAAUAUCUUGAAUGAUCCACUACUUAGGGAGGAGGGUCGGCACAUGGGUGCAUGGGGUUGUGCAACAGGUGUACGGGUACGCAUGUGUGUGGAAUUCUUCUGGAUUAUAAAUCUAUAUAGCUAAGAUAAUAGAUGAGAGCUGACUCCACGGCAUCUAUGUCUGUGUCUCUCUCCCCGGACGGGGUCCGGCAGCGGUAGAGUUUGUUGGAGCAGGGAGCUGCUGCGUCAUUAGACUCACAUAUUUAAAUUUGCAUCAGUCACAUCAUGCUUCUUUUCUUCAGUUCAGUUCAUAUGUAUCUUCCAUGCCAGUUCUGCAGGUGUGAAGAUCAGUUUGUGGUUGAAGUUCCUGGUCCUCUCCAGUGGCCUCAAAGCAUAGCAAGGGUUAGUCAGUCAUUCCUAAGAGUCUAAAAUGUCUGAGAUUAAAUUUUAUCCGCUGAUACCAAAUAAAGAAAUAUUAGAAUUUUGCUGUUUAUCCUACUGAAGCCUUAACUAACUAGUCCAAUGAUCCUUUAAAAAUGGUGUGGAACUAAUUCCUAUCCCCUUAUUCCAGUAGGAAAUCUGAAGCAUGUCUGAGGGGUUUUGUAGUGUUUCAAUGUCCUACGCUUCGCAGCCAGUGAUGACUGACCUAUUUCACUUAUCAGAAUCAAGGUGCCAGAAUUUCCUCCUUCACUUUGGGCACUGUAGACUACUCCAGCUUUCCUUCUAUUUACAAUUGCAUACUAUCAGUCAUUUAAAGCUCCCCUCUCUGAAUCUUCAUGGAGUGUCUUUCUCGAAAAGGAUUACAAGUCCCAGCAGUUCCAUGAAAUUGGAAGCUUGUUUUCAGUAACUGUUUACCUAUUUUACACAGUAGUCUAAAUUCUAUUAUUGGAAUUGUUCUAAAUCAGGUUUGAUGAGACUUUGAACAACCUGCUAUAAGGUAGGAAAGAGGUCCAUUCCCAUGGCACAGAGUUUAAACUAGACAAUCUUGAAAGGUCUUUUCCUACUCAAACUAUUCCAAGAGUCUACGAAAUGAAAGCAUGUAAAAUCAUAAUAGCAACUGGAGAAACAAACACUAUAUGAAGGAAGAUCACAAGAAAUCUUCAAUGAAAGUUUUUGACAAAUGAAUAGCAGUAGGUUUGGGAGAGUUAGGAGAUAAAGAUAUUACACCAAACAGAAAAAAAUAAAUAAAAAUGUUCUUCUUUCAUAUUGCAAGUUCUGCUUAGUGCUUAUGAGUAUCUAUAUAAAUCCAAGUAUAAAAAUUCUACCCAGUAAUUCAGUGUAAUCACAGUAUAAAUAGAAAUAAAUAAUUUCCUUUCUGCUGUUA